GAAGAGUGCACCGCAUUCAUUGUCUGAUAUAAAUAUGCCCGAUUCUAGAUCAGUGCUACAGUCGAGUUGGGGAAAGCCUAACAGAAUCAUCAAGAUGGAUAACCGGGGCACCACCAAUCAAAUAUGACGGAAGGCCGAGGACGAUUACCGAUGGCGCUGAUGGUGGUUCUAGUUUGCAUAGUUUGGCCGACGACGACGGCACUAAAAUGUCGCACCGAAGACGGACCAACGAGCGACGAAGUCCGAAAAGUGGUUAGAACUUGCAUGAAGCGAAUUUCCUCCGAGUCGGACAAUAAAACCCAAAGCAGCAGUAGCAGUAAUGAGUACGAAAAUUACGAUUCCUCCGCUGAUGAUGAUGACAGUGAUGACGAGAAAAAGCAACCUGAUGGAAGACAAAAUCGAACUGGAACGCAGCGGAACUCAAAAUCUAAUCGUGGCGAUUCUAGGAAUCGUGGUAGAAACAACAAUGAUCACAGCAAUUCCAACCGUAAUCGAAUGGAUGGCGGUAGAAAUAGGGAUUGGGAUUACGGUAACGACAUGGGAAGAAGAAACGAUGGUGGCAGAAUGUCUAACGGGCGAUACAAGAGGCAGUAUUAUAAUGACGGAACUCAAGACGGUUAUGGUUACAGCUAUCAGCAGAACGAUCGAUACAACCGGGAUCGGAAUAACUUCCUAAACCCCACCGAUAACAGUUCCAAGAACGCCACUGAGAAUGAGGAUCGUGAUCGGGCCUGUUUGAUGCAGUGCUUUUUCCAGGAAAUGAAAAUGACCAACAGCGAAGGAUUUCCGGACCAACACAAAGUGUUGCAUGUGGUGACCAAAGAUUUGAGGGAUAAAGAACUACGCGAUUUUUACACGGAUUCGAUUCAGGAAUGUUUCCACAUGAUAAGUAUGGAUAGCAAACUCAAGGACAAGUGCGAUUAUACGAUGAAGUUUGUAAUCUGUUUAGCUGAUCGGGGACAAGCCAACUGCAAGGAUUGGGAACACGAAUCGAUAAUGUUCUAAGUGUGAAACUCUACCUUUUAGCUAGCACAGAACCUGCACUGCAAGCAUUGCAAUGUCUCUCACGCACUCGAAUUGAAUAAAAUGCAAACGAAAGCUU